GUGAAAUAAGGCACGUCGCUGGAAUUUCAGUAUAUAAAAGUGAUUUUUUAUGCAGCAGGGCUCUUCAAACUGUCAUAUCAGUGAAAUUAGACAAAUCCAAGCGGUGUUCUCACAGUUGGUUUACAUGUAGCAUGGAGUCUUGGACUGUGAUUGGCAUCUGCGCCUCUCUGGCAGUUGUAAUUCUGGAGGGAGUGAAAUCCCAGACCAUUGUGUACAUUGACAACGGAGCGUUACAGGGAGCGACAGAAACUGUACAUGGGAACAGAGUGGAUGUAUUCUUAGGUAUACCAUUCGCCAAGCCUCCAGUGGGAGAUCUCAGGUUUAGGUUACCAGAGCCUGCAGAGAACUGGGAAGGUGUUAAAGAUGCCACGGCGUUUGGGCCUGACUGCAUGCAAAACUUGCCGAAUCCUUAUGGCUUUCCAGAUGUUGAGACGAUUUCAGAAGAUUGCCUGACACUCAACGUUUUUGUUCCUGGAUCCACAAACAGUACCAACAAUAUGGCAGUAAUGGUCUGGAUAUAUGGUGGAGGAUAUAUCACAGGUGGAGCGUCUACAUAUAGUUUCAAAGAAUUCGCUGUAACAGGUGACGUCAUCGUCGUGUCUGUGAACUACCGCCUGAAUGUGUUCGGGUUUCUCAGCAUUGGUGACGACAGCAUACCAGGUAAUAUAGGACUCUGGGACCAAAUUGAGGCGCUGAAGUGGACCAAGAACAAUAUCCAGUACUUUGGCGGGGACCCUGAAAGAGUGUCACUUUUUGGCGAAUCUGCGGGUGGCAGUUGCGUGACACUAUUGGCCCUGACGCAUGUGUCGUCUGGACUCUUCCACCGCUUGAUAAGCCAGAGUGGUACUGCCAAUGCUUUUUGGGCAAUGUCAGAAAAUGGUCCAGAACUUGCUGUGAGAGCUGGGAACAUUGUUGGCUGUCCAACGGCAAACACCACGGCACUUGUAGACUGUCUACGCACCAUAGAUGCCGAGACACUCAUGAAUGCCAGUGUGAAAGCCACUAUAGGAGUCUCUGGGUCUGUUUAUACACCUGCGGUCGAUGGUGUCUUGCUUACUAAACCAAUAUCAGAGAUGUUAAGCGAUCCUAUUGUUUUGCAGCAACUCCGUUCUUUCGACUUCGUUGCUGGAUUUCUCAAUGGGGACGGAGGAUUCUUUGUCAGGAAUAUGUUCACCGACGGAAUUGAUCCACUUUUCUUCCGAGACACACUGAUUCCUGGUAUGACAAAAUUGGUGUUUGAAAACAACCCAGACGUUGUCAGUGCAGUUACCAAAUUCUACUAUGACAAAAACGCCACCAAAAUAGAAACAGCACGUAAUUAUGUCGACUUCGGCACUGAUAUUUCCUUCACGCAACCAGUUUUUGAAAUCAUGACUCCUCAUAUCUCUGAAGAAGAGGGGUCGACAUACCUUUACUACUUCAUGAGAAAACCACAAAAUGGGAACAUUGCGUCUGGUUUACCACCUUGGUUUCAGCGUGCAAGUCACGGAGAUGAUCUUCAUUUUAUGAUUGGUUCACACGAACCUUUCGUCUCCGGUGCUACUUCCACGGACGAUGAGAAGUAUUUGUCUAAAAUGAUGAUACGAUAUUGGUCAAACUUUGCCAAGACCGGAAAUCCAAACAUGCCAGAGCCUGUCCCAGCAAUAUGGGAGGAAUACACUGUGAAUAAAGAGCACUAUCUCGAAUUUGGUGACGUCAUAGUGGGAGAGAGGUGUGUCAUUCCAGAACGGGUCAAAUUUUGGAUGAAAACUAUUCAAAAAUCAUUACUCGUUCCAAUUAAGUUUGAAUAUAGUGGGUUAAAACAUUGGGAGGUCUCCUUUCGGACUUAACGUUUGUUGAAUUUCAUAUAUUUUAAACAC